ACAUUUGAUCUUAAAGACAAAUCCAAGAUUUAUUUCGAUGAAAUUCCUGAUAAACUCAAAGACCAAUCCAGGGCUUGUAUUGAUGAAAUGUCCAGUACUAUUAAACGCAAAUCUGGAAUUUCUGAUAAGCUUAAAGACAUAUCUAAAACUUAUAUCGAUGAAAUUUCUGAUAAACUUAAAGACAAAUCUAAGAUUUAUAUCGAUGAAAUUUCUGAUAAUCAAUGUGUAGUCAUAAAAAGUGACUGUAAUGAAUAUUGUAGUAAGAUUGUUCGAUAUGAAAAAUGGGACAAUCAUCAA